GAUCGCAUCCGCGCCUUCCCACCUUUCAGCACACUUCUAGCAUCUCAGCAACAUCGACUCGCAUGGCCAUUGUCGAUUAAACGCAUCUCGCCAUGCGCUCCUUUCGAAUUCUUCUAAUUAUAAUCGCGCUUCUCGUCUGCCUUCACACGGUCAUAGCAGCUCCCCGCUUCCCAUUGGCGCGUCGACAGGAUGGCAGUGAACCUACCUCUGUCAUCACCACGACAUCUGAUCCCGAACGAUCAUCCUCUACAUCUCGUCCUCGUGAGUCGUCUGUCUCGCAAUCAGCAUUCAACCAUCAGUCAACAACUGGGGAACCUGCCUCCCGCUCUUCGAUAAUCGCGACUUCCACCUCAGUCUCAGCAUCGCCAAGCGCGACCGCGAUCUCCACGGGCUCGCUUACCAAUGGAACCGAUUCAGGCAAUGUCUCAGAAGACCCUCUUCCACUUCAUCCAAAAAUCACCCCAGCUCUCGGAUUGAUUGGCGCAAUACUCUUAAUUUCAGGCGCCCUGUAUGCCGUCGUCGGCAUCAAGAACAAAUGGAUCUAUGUCUUCGGCUCCGCAGCAUACCUGGCCUCGCUCGCCGUGACUGUGCUGAUCAUUUACCUUAUGAGUCCCCCAGUCUCAAACGCUGUUCAAGGGGCAUUCUUCGUCGCAGCGUUCGUCACAGGAAUGCUUUUUGGAGGGCUAGCGUUGAUCUUCACCGACCUCACCGAAGGAUUGGGAUGCCUUCUCGGAGGUUUCUGUGUCAGCAUGUGGUUCCUGUCAUUAAAAGAGGGGGGAGUGAUUACUUCGACUACCGGCCGGGCCAUCUUCAUCGGCUGUAUGAGCGUAGCAGGCUACUCCCUGUCAUUCUCACAUUACACACGGACAUACGGGCUAAUCGGCGCGAUAUCAUUCUCUGGCGCUACGAUCGCGAUGUUGGGUGUCGACUGCUUCAGCCGUGCAGGCUGGAAGGAGUUCUGGCUAUUUCUCUGGAACCUCAAUCCUGACGUCUUCCCUCUCAACACUACUACGUACCCACUGACGAAAGGGCUCAAGGCCGAACUAGCAGGCGUCGUUAUCCUUACAGUUUUCGGUGUUAUAUCACAGCUUCGCCUGUGGAGACUCGUCCAAGAGCGCCGAGCCAAGAGAGAAGAGCAAGAACAAGAACAGGCACAGAGCCAAAGACUACACGAGGCAGAACUUGGCCGGGAGAUCGAAGACAAAUUCCAGAAGGAACGCCGUGAAUGGGAGGCUACGUAUGGGGAGACAGGUGCGCCAGGCUCCAGUGGCGAGUCUGGUUCUGCCUCAAGUCUGAACGAGAAGGACUACCCCGCAACCGCUUAUGAUUCAAAGGUGGACCUGGCAGAGUCCGAGAAGAAGCAGGCCGUUGUGGCUGUUGCAUCAUUGCACGAAGAUGAUGAGAUCCGACCAGUCGAUGCAACGGGAGCACCUGUCGCUCGGUCCACUGAUAUCAGUCGUUCCAACAGCGCGCGGCCGUCUUCGGAGGCAGUUACUUCUUCGCGCGUGUCUCGAACUGUCUCCGUCACAGGUUCACUCAAGCCAUCAUCUUCUCCCCCUCCACCUCCCGUCGUUAUACCCCUCCCAUUCAAGAUUCCGCAGGAAGACGAUGCAAUGUCACAUACUUCGGACAAUGCCUCCGUAUCUGCCUUGCCGGAUACUGAAGUGGAAACGCCGUUAGCAGAUGAACCAUCAAUAUCUCGUCGCGCAUCCGGGAAACCGACAAUGAAGCGCAUGUCGACAGCUAGAUCAUCAGUCGAUGGUUUUCAAGCGGAGGAUGUAGUGAUGCUUUCGCAGAUUGAGGAUGACCGCAGAUCUUCUGUUGCGGCUACAUUGGACGAAGAGGAUAGGAUAUCCUUACCACAGUUAUCCCGGCCUUCGUCAUUUGUGAAUGAUGAUAGCAAGACGGAGGAUCCAACAAUCUACAUGUCGAGCUUGAAGUUGAACGAUCAAGGCGAAGUAGGAGAUAGCAACCGUCUUGCUCUUGGGGAAGAUCCAGCAAUAUCCUCUAGCACUCCGACAAUCGACGUACAAUCCGCGGAGUCACUGGACGAGGGAUCAAACACUUAUGGAUCGGCGUCUUCGCUUUCUCAGAGUGGCCCCUGCCAGUCCCUUACCGUCAGCACUGACCCGAAACACGACGUUGCAGGAUCGGAAAUCCACUCUCCUCGAAGUCCUCGUCUACGACACGACACUCUGGUCAAAGAGGACAGCGAAAAGUCUGCUUCAGCGCAAUCUGGUGUCGAAGACCUUCCGAAUGUACUGCGACCUCGUCUCUCUAAGGUCGCACAAUCCUACCGGACUAACGAAUGGGCGAAGCAUCUCGAAGUCGCCGACAAACCAGAAGUUGACGAUAUUUCCGAGCCAAGCUCGCCUGGCGCCCAGCUUGACCAUGAGCAACCCGCUCCAGUGAGCGAAGGCAUCGCACAGCCGUUUGCAGUAGCUAAACGAGCCUCGAAGCGAAUAUCUAGCGAUAGCAACGUACACAGGAAGAACGCUUUCAUGCAGAUCAACUCAAACUCGGCAAGGCAGUCUCAAAGUGAAGUUCCGGCAGCAAUAUCGCAACAGCCCUUGGGGGAACUUGGAAGGCGGGUCUCGUCUGUUCCCAUCCAAGCCCCCAGCAAGACGCAGACUCUGAUGGGUCACCGCGAGUCGCUGAUGCGUAACCGUGUAUCCACGCAGAACUUUAACCAGCAUAUCAGCUCAUCCAGUGACUUGACAGCGACAGCCGACGAGGACAUGACGCUGGCACAACGAAAGCGCGUGCUGAAGCACCAGAAGCCCCCUUCGGCGGCGCAGAAGUGGAAGAAGAGCAGCUGGGCAGUUGGUCCUCCCGUGGAGAAUUUCGAUUCUCAUCAGCCGAAGAGGACGGUCGGGUCGGGCUCGGACCAGAGACGGGAGGAGCUACUUGCGGGAUGGAGAGGGUCGAUUCAAGCGACCGGUACCGGUGUGCCUUUGCAGAAUGCAGCGAGUCGAGAAGAGCAGCAGCGGGCGGCCAUGAUGAACGCGAAGAGACAAAAGGAGAUGGAGCAGCAGCAGCAGGCUGCGAUGGCGCAUCAUCGAGAGUCGAUGAGACACAACAUGAUGAGGAGCAACGAGAUGCUUGACGUACACCGCGAAGCGAUGCGACGCAUGCAGGCGGCCGCCAACAAAACGGCGUAGACAUGGCACUCUUAUACGCGGAGGUGCACCAGCACGCAGGCAAUCUCGCACCCUUGGUCUUAUGCCAGCGGACCUACUGUACAAAGUUCUAGCGGCGGUCGGGGCUCACG